AUGCCGCAUUCAAAGCCCUACAAGUUGAUCACGGUCAGCACGACGCCUGAUCGGGCAAGCAGAAUGGUGAGGAGACUCGCAGAAGAUGUCAGGGACCGAUACAUGAUCAUCCACUGUGUCAACGUCUCGAGUAUGUCCAUGUCCAUGUCAAUGUCACUGGUUUGCGCCGCAGUGCACGACGCCGACGACGAAGGGGAAGCAACCGCGGGACUGACGAUGUGGGUUGACACAGAGAUAGAAGAAGUGGAGUCACUCGUGACCCUGUACAGGCCCGACAUCUUGUUCUGCGCGUCGACGUGGUCACCAGAUCAAAGCGCCGAGAUCAAGCGGAUUGCGAGGGGAAUCGUGCCGGGGCUGCGAUGUUAUGUGAUUCCGCAACGGACGCAGGUCGAGAAAGAGUCAGUGGCAACGAUAGAGCACGUCAAGGCGCAGUUGCCGAUGAUCAUCGAGGACAACUUGGGACUACAGGACUGA